CCAUGCCGAACUGGGGAGGCGGCAACAAAUGUGGCGCCUGUGGCCGCACCGUCUACCACGCCGAGGAGGUGCAGUGCGACGGGAGGAGCUUCCACCGGUGCUGCUUCCUCUGCAUGGUCUGCCGGAAAAACUUGGACAGCACAACUGUAGCGAUUCAUGAUGCUGAAGUUUACUGCAAAUCUUGCUAUGGAAAAAAGUAUGGCCCGAAAGGUUAUGGAUAUGGCCAAGGGGCAGGCACGCUGAACAUGGACAGGGGAGAGAGACUAGGCAUCAAGCCUGAGAGCACACCCUCUCCCCACCGACCCACAACAAAUCCAAACACUUCAAAGUUCGCUCAGAAGUUCGGCGGGGCAGAGAAAUGCUCUAGGUGUGGCGAUUCUGUUUAUGCAGCAGAGAAAGUAAUAGGAGCUGGAAAGCCGUGGCACAAAAACUGCUUCCGAUGUGCCAAGUGUGGAAAAAGCCUAGAAUCUACAACCCUAACUGAAAAAGAGGGAGAAAUCUAUUGUAAAGGUUGUUAUGCGAAGAACUUUGGCCCCAAGGGAUUUGGGUAUGGCCAGGGAAUCAAUGAACAACUACAGAAAAAAUGUUUACUUGCAAAUACUGAACAUCAACUAUUUACAGUUUCACUGCUCCUCUUACUAAGGCAAGGGCCGGGAAUACCACUGGGUUGCUUUAUUACCUGUAAUCUGCAUAUUACAGAAAACGCUAAUUUUGCCAAGCAUCAAACAUGCAGUGAAUUUGCAGGGCAUAAUGCCUAUUAACAGCAAUACUGAACAUCACUAAAAGCUCAUUAGAUAUCUUCCUACACUUUUUUGGUUGAAUAAAAUGAAAAUGAGCAGCUUUAAAUACACUAAACACACACUCACAGAGAGAAAACUGUUUGAUAAAUUAUUUAUAUACAGAUACACAUUCUUUACACUGGUCUCAGACAUCUGCUUUCAUGUCCCUCCCCAAACUCCCCUCACAGGUUUCUCGAACCACUGGGUUGCUACAGCACUUAGAAGAGAACUAACCUGAUUCUCAGUCUCUCUGUAAACAAUAGUUAAGGAAGCAGUGAACAAUUCACUAUGAGUAUAUGAAAACACCAUAAUAAGAAUCAGUGCAUCACAUUCAAGAAAAGCCCCUUUGGAAUGCAAUUUCAGAUCAUCCCUUACCUUCCAAACAUAUCUGUAGCAUGAGAACUUAAAAAAAGAAAUUAAGGGUGAUUUCCACGUGCCAAUACACCACCUCUUCAGAACAUUGCGUUACAUUUCUGUCUGCAUGUGCUAUUAUGGAGAUUUUUAUCUUUUUUUUAAAGUUUGGUUUCCAUUAUUUUACAUCCAAACAAAACAAGCAUUUCAGACAACUUUGGGGUCUUCUUCUGCAAUUGUAUUCAAUUUAAAACUAUCUUGUCUUUUUAUAAUCGAGAUUUUUGCUUUCACAUCUGUGGUUUCUUCCAUGCAAUUUCUCUUCCAACAUGUUUCAAAUUACACUCUACUGUACUGCAUGAGGACCAAACCUAAUACUGAAACAUGGGUAGUUUGUAAGUUGCUUAUACAAUUACUUCAGAGACAAUGAAUUUUUUCCACUUUUUUUCUGAACAUUAUAUACUGUAAUCUAGUUUUACAGGUGUAUCAUGCAUUUAAGCAGGGCUUUAACUUUAACAGAAGAGCUUUCCUUAUUUGCGCGAUUGUUUAUUUCAGACUAUAUAAUCUCGGAACACAGUUAUUACAAGUAUUUAGUUGUACCACUAACUGGUGGCAAAAAAAAAAAUCACCAAAAAACGUGGGCAACAUAUUUUUUCUCAACAUUAUCUGACGUGCCCUACUGCUAUAACUUAACACGUUACAGGGGAUUCCCACCACAUGAUGUUUAUAACAGUAUUGAAAAGCACAUUUUUCAAGGUACAUAACACUACAGAAAAUCUGUAUUAAAAAUCACAUUACAGGAACUACAACAUAGCGAUCAGUGAACUCUGCAUCAUGAGAUUUAGUUUUGUAUUCUAGAUUCUUGUUUCAGUGGAAUUAUUCAUAUUGGGAAAUAUAUUUUUCUGCUCAGCACAACGUAACUACUUAUGUCAAUACUUCAAUGAUCUCAUGCUCCAUUGUGAAAGACCUUAAAUAAAAAACCCAACAACAAAUACUGUGAAUAUGCUGUCGCAAAUAAUUCUCAUGUUAAGAACUGUUAAAAUCCUUUUUUGAUCUUCCUCCUCUUCCUUAUCAGGUUUGGCAGUUCAUUCUGUCCAUUUUUACUUUUGUUAAUAAAAUUCUGAUGAAGAGAAGGUACCUUAAGAUUCA